AUGUUACGUGGUACUAUUCAAGUCCCGAAUUGCUGUGAUGCAUUGUGUUUUUCCGAAGAUACUGAAUAUUUAUUUGUAAUAGAUCGCGAAGAAUCGAUGCUACUUAUGUAUCAAGUCAAUAAUGGGAAAUGUUUAGAAAAAUUGUUCAUCGAGAAUCUUUCAGCACAGAUUCAAACCAUGGAUGAUCGUCUCGUUUUAUUGAGCAAUGAUGAAAUGCUCUUAAUAUCAAUCGCUAAACAGCACACAUCAUACGCAGAAAAACCAUCGAUGAAUUUAAAAAUUAUUUUUUCAUUAGACAAUGACAACUCCAAUAUAUCUAGCACCUUAGCAUCGUCAUCGGAUUUACCAUUAAAUUUUGACAAUGAUUAUCUUAACAUUCUGCACGAGCUAAAUAAGUUAGCCGAUGUUCAUCUACCUUGCGUCGAUGGCCAUCCUUAUGUUGAUUUUGUUAAAAAACUUCGCACCAUGAGUGAUGGUACUCAGAUUCUUAUUUAUACACCAUGUCGUCUUAAAAACAUCUUUGAGCGUCUUCUUUAUUUUGAUUUUAUUGAUCAAGAUAUAUACAUUUUUCCGUUACUCGCCAGUCGCGUCGCUUCGACAAAUACGGUGUACUCGUGA